UGAUUGGUCCAUCUCAGCCUAUUGUGUCAUUGAUUGGUGAGGAUGUCAUUUUCCCAAGUUACCUGGACCCUGCCAUGAACACCUUUGACAUGACCGUGGAGUGGUCUAGACCUGACUUGGACCCCAGAUUUGUCUUUGUGUGGCGUGACGGCGUGGAGCUAGGGAGUAAUAAACAUCCAUCCUUCAGAGGAAGAUCAUCGGUGUUUAUUGAUAAACUGAGACAUGGAAACGUUUCCAUGAAACUCUCUGAAGUCAAACUCUCAGAUGAAGGAGGAUACAGAUGCUUCAUUCCUACAUUAUCUAAAGAUGUCACAGUUCAGCUGGUUGUUGGUGAGUCUGAACAUUUAGUCCUUUUUUAACUGUCAGUGUUUGCAACUUUGUGAAGAUUUCUUUACAAUCUUUAAAAGUUACACAUAAAAUCUGAUUCAGAUUUAAUAGAAGUUAAGACCUGAGAUCCUGAGUUCCCCACAUUGAUGGGGGCAGGGCACACACAGGUGCCUCCUUCGCCAAAUGACAGCUUAGAUAGGCUACAGCCCCCAGUCCACAACAAAAGGUCUGAACGACUGUCAGACUUUAAGCAGCAGUAAAGCCCAAAACAAUAUUGCUGUGAUUCAAAAUAAUUAUGCUUAAAAGAUGCUUGGAUCAGUUAAAAACACUCUCUUUGUGUUUUUUUUUUUUCUUUUUUUUUUUUACAACUUAAAGUGUUCUCACUGGUGUUUAAAUUGUGAUUAUGAAGUUUUUAGCCAAAAUCACGUUACCUGUGUUAUUUUCAAGGACUUUUCUUCUGCAGAGCUCCAGAAGCUCAUUAGCAAUUCACCUCUGAGUCGUAGGUGGAAACAGCGCUGCUCCGCUCACUCUUCUGCUUGCUAGCUUGCAGCCUAACAUUGCUGGUGUAGUAGCAGAAGCAGGUAACAUAGGAGCUAUUCAUCUUUUGGACACCAAUGUCUUUGGAGACACUUCUCCAAGUGUGGCCUGCAUAGCUAGGCUCCAGGGGCGAAUCUUGGAUUUGCCACGCAGGAAGUCUCAUUGUUUCUGAACUUGCUGUUUGGGUCUGCCAGAGAUUCACAGCAAUUUGAAUACAGAAAUACUCAGAAAUGCAAUUUUGCACUUAGUUUUUUCAUGAUAUGUCCUGUAGCAUCAGAAAAAUGCCAUAUGAACACGUAGACAACAAGUAAACAUGAUUUUCAUUGGAGUGGGUCUAACACAGUCAUAGACAGAGGGUCAGCACAUCCUGUUAUGCUCAAAAAGAGAGGAAAGAAAGGUCUGUAGUCAUGUUCCUGUAUUCAGAGUAAUGGAUCUGUUUCAUCAUUUUUCUGUAAGUUUUAUUUUUGUAUAAUGCACAUGUCCUAGUGUAAUAUAUCCCUCCAGACAUGGAGUUGUUUUUUUUUUCAAUGUUUGUUUCCACAUAUAAAGCCACCACAGUCAGAAGAAUUCUCCUCGUUCCUCCUGAAAGUCAGAGCAGUUUGAAUCCUUCCAACUUCAUCCUGAUCAGCUUGUAGGAGGAAGUAAUCAUUCCCUUGUUGGGAAUGAUCACUCGUACGCUAUGUUCUGUUUAAUCAAAAGUUUCCCUCCUACCACCAGUAUCAGAGUCCUCUUUUUACUGUGUUUCCACUCACUUAUACAGUACAGGUCAAAAGUUUGGACACACCUUCUCAUCCAAUGUCUUUUCUUUAUUUUUUAUAUACGACCAUUUACAUUGUAGAUUAUGACGGAAGGCAUCAAAACUAUGAAUGAACACGUGGAAUUUUGUACUUACAAAAAAAGUGUGAAAUAACUGAAAACACAUUUUAUAUUGUAGUUUCUUUAAAAUAGACACCCUUUGCUCUUGAUGACAGAAGUAUUUAGUGACUGACUCUGUCAGUCCUGAAGUAACCCUGAUAAGGCACACCUGUGAAGUAAAAAACAUUUCAGGUGACUACCUCAUGAAGCUCAUUGAGGCCCGGACUACACCUAUAUGGAUAUUUAUUUAUCAGGAUAUUUUUGUACUCCCGUCUAAAUAAAUGUAUCUGUCCACACGUGUCAGUUCUCAAAAAUAUCUCCGUCCACACGUAGCCUUCAAACUCAAUCCUAUCUGGUGCCGCUUAAAAAAAAAAAUCAGGAACAAAGCUACCUGAUUGGCCGAUGAAUCAGAAGUUUAGCUUCCAUUCAUCUGCAGGCACAGCCCCUCUAACGAAGUUGUCCCACCACUUGCUGGUCCGACCGCGUUUGACCCAAAACUUACGCUUCUGGCGAACUUUAAAAUGCCUAACAUUAACGUUACGAUUGCUCUUCAAUAAAAGUAUUAGGCGCAGCAGACGCCUCUGUGAGCUGGCUGACUGGUGGAUGUAAUUGUAUGAAACAAGGUUCACUUGCAAGGCUGAAAUUAGCCCCAAAAGGGCAAAACAAACGUAAAGAAUACCCUGUAUGUCCGCCAUCGUUGUUGUUGUUUUUCUUUUUAAUUCGCAUGCACGAGCUGAUCGAGCGCGAUCCGUAAAAGUUCAACCACACAAAUCCACUUAUACAGAGAUUUUUUUUUUUCUCCACUUGUUUUUUCGGAUUCAGAUUUAUCCGGUUUGAGUGUUCCAAACUCCUGUUUUGGUGUGGUAGGGAGGCCUAAUCGGACAUAAAUAUGUGCGGUUUGAAAUAUAUCUGCAUUCAUGUAGUUGGGGCCUAAGAGAACAGCAAAAGUUCGCAGCACUAUCAAGAAAGCAAAGGGUGGCUACUUUGAGGAAUCUAAAAUAUAAAACAUGUUUUGAGUUAUUUCACACUUUUUUCUUAAGCACAUGAUUCUAAGUGUGUCCAUUCAUACUCUUGAUGCCUUCACUGAGAAUCUACAAUUUAAAUAGUUAUGACAAUAAAGAAAAUGCAUUGAAUGAGGUGUGUCCAAACUUUUGGCCUGUACUGUAUUUCUAUUAAGUUUUUCUGCAAACUUUACUGUCAGACAGCAUCCAGAUCCAUCGGCUUCUCUGUGCCGCUAUAAAUGAGCAACCAUGCCAUGCAGGGCCAAGGAAGUGAACCAGGCCCAGCACAGGGUCCAAGCUGGUCUUUAGAGGUCAAUAGAGGUCAAAUGUGCCAGCGUGUGGUACAGAUUGACUAGUUUGAGUGUGCCCAUAUAAUCAUGUAGACAUGAACCACAAGAUCCUAUUUUAGGUGGUUUUGGCUGAUUAAGAUGACUUUUUGAAGGCCAACUUUAACACUUUUCUAGAGAUGUCCAGCUGGUGAAGGACCCCAUGUUGACCAAUAUCUCUGUGCAGAAAUUAUUCACCUGAAGCACCUGGAAAAUUAUGCUUCUGAUGGCUAUAAGCAUCAGUUCCUUGACUGAGAUCAGAUGUUGUGUAUUUUGAUAUUUAAAGACAUCUCUCUCUCUCUCUCUCCUGUAGGUGCUGUCUCCUCACCUGUUUUAAGACUGACCAGAAACAACAGUGGAGUGUUGUUGGAGUGUGAGUCUAAAGGCUGGUAUCCAGAACCAGAGAUGUUUCUGUUGGACGCUGAGGGAAAUCUUCUCUCUUCAUCACCCACUGAGACCAUCAGAGGUCCUGAUGAUCUCUACACUGUCAGCAGAAAAGUGACUGUGGAGGAGAAACACGGGAAGAACUUCAGCUGUAGAGUCACACAGAAGAAGAUCCACCAGAGCAGAGAGACACACACUGUUAUUCCAGGUAAAUCUGAGUCAGGAGUUCAUGAUGUGAUCUCUGAGCUGAACUGUAAAUGUUCACAAAGUUCUCUGUUUAUCAUCACAGAUCAUUUCUUCAUGGUACCAACUACUCCCAGUACUCCCAUUGUCCCCAGUCCUCCUGGUUUUCCUGGUUCUUCUGGUUCUCAGCCUGUUCUCAUCGGCUCAGUGAUCGUCUGUGCUGCUCUGGUUUUGAUUCCUCUGGUCGUCUUCAUUUUGUGGAGAAGGAGAAAAAAUAAACUCAGUGAGUCAAAGAGUUUCUUUUUUUCUAAUCUGGAGAUAUUUUCAGGUUGUCCUUCUUUCCUCCUAUGAACAGGAUAUCACGGGAAUGUGUGCUCCAAAUCUGGUCCAAACUUCUUCAGAUUUGCACAGAUGUCCUCCUGGGUUCAGAGACUGACUGAGUCAAUGUCGCUGGUCCUGGUUCAGUGUGACCCCCUCAUCAUUCAGUUCUCCUGAGCCUCAUGUGUUGGCAGCUCUCAGCAAAGAUUUUAGAUAAUGUAGUUUAUUUUUCAUUCUUGAAAAAGUCUCUGCUCUCUGUAAAAAGUGGACAAAGCUUCUUUUCCCAAAUGUGACCAGUUUCUCGUUCUUCUCUGUCCUCACAGAAAACAAGAAGGACCAUGAGAACGGGACUGAACAGACUGAAGAGGGAAAAACAAAAACAUCUAAAGGAGAUUUAACAGAGUUUAAUGUGGAGAAGGAAGGAGAAGAAGAAAGAGUAGCACUUAUGAAUGGAGGAGAAAACAUCAUAAAAUAUCAGGAAGAAAUCAAAAAACAUCCAGAACAAUCCACCAUCAAGAUAAAAACUGUGUUUAAAAAUAGACAAGAAGAUGAGUUUAGAGGAGAUUUACAAACUGACAUUAAUGAAACUUUGAUGGAGACCAAAGAGAAGCUGAACCAAACCAAAGAAGACCGAGGAAAACAGGCAGAGCAACAGCUGGAGGUAAAGGAGAAAGACAGAGAGAAGACAGAGGAAUCCACUGAGGAGGUGAAGGUAAUGGAUGAAGAAAUGAUGAAGACUGAAGAAGAUAACAUUAAUGUCACUCAAAAGAAGGAUGAGGGGGUUCAAAACCAAAAUGAAAGGAGGAGAAGAAGAGAAGAAGCAGUUAGAAGAGCAGCUGAACGAAGAGGAACGAGACAGCAGAAGAGUGUAGACAGAGAAAUCAGGGAGGAGGGAAAAGAAGAAGAAGGUGGAGGAGGACGGACAGAAGAGUCAGAGACAGAAGAAGAUUUAUGA